AUGGCCAAUGUAAAUGCCUGUCUCGGUGUCUUUAUUAUUGUUUUGGCGUUUCAGACAAUUCAAAGCAGUGCGCAAAGCUCAGACGAGCUGCUGGAAAUAAUCCAUCGACAAGAAGGUUUACUGCAGACUCUAAGUGAGAAAAUGCAAUCUCUCAGCAACACUGUGAACUAUUUGCGAAUUGAAACCCAAAGACAAGAAAGGACAAUUAAACACCAAAGCUUGGAAUUACAAUCAUUACGCAAAGCCAUUAGUGUGAAGCAGAAAAAAAAUUAUGCAAGCUCCAAAUACGGUUCUACCAGAAAAUUUGAAGAUGAGCAUUUUGAUUCCUACGUCUGGAGAAAUGAUGAAAACACAGGGCCAUGGCAAAGACAAGACUAUCAAAACAACGUGACGCAAAGAUCUCUUGAUAUGUAUCAACAAGAAUUGUCAACGAGAAAUCUAGGAUACAGGCUGUCUAACCAAUGUGCAUUCUACGCUUACAUGAAUCAAGCCAUGCAUUCCUUACCACCUCAGCAUACCCUCGUCUUUGACAUGGUGAUGACAAACAUUGCAAAUGCAUACAAUAGAUACACUGGGGUAUUCACGGUUCCUUACAAUGGACUUUAUGCUAUAACAUGGACUAUCUACUCAAAUUCUUACAGCUUUGUUUUUUCAAAUCUCAUUGUCAACUCGGACACCUGGAACAGUGCCUUUGCUAACUCUGAGGAAAAUAAUGAUCGCCAUACCGCCACAGGCUUCGUGGUUGCACAACUGAAUGCAGGUGAUGUAGUGUUUCUUAAGACACAUGAGACAAGAAAAGGCCUAGGAACAUUAGAAAGCUCAUUCGAGGCACGUUCAACAUUCGCUGGCUGGAAAAUUGGCUAGUUCCAAUCACCAUGUAAUUAAUAAAUGAAGUGCCUGCCUGUUA